AUGCGAGUCUCAGGAGUCCUCGCCGGUGUGCACCUAUUUGCCGUCCUCGAGGACAGCCAUAGCCAGAGAGCUCUGGACUUGAGCGAAUCAUGGGGUCCUAGGCCGCAGGGCAAGCAAGCCAACAUCGUGUUUAUCCUGUCGGACGACCAAGACUUGCAUCUGCAGUCGCUGGACUAUCUUCCUUUGAUUAAAAAGCAUCUUAUUGACAAGGGAACCCUCUACAAACACCACUACUGCACCACGGCCAUCUGUUGCCCGUCCCGGGUCUCGCUGUGGACGGGCAAACUGGCGCACAACACCAACGUCACCGACGUAAGCCCGCCGUAUGGCGGAUACCCCAAGUUCGCCAGCCAGGGUUUCAACAAUGCCUACCUACCUGUCUGGCUGCAGGAGGCCGGUUACAACACGUACUACACGGGCAAGCUGUUCAACGCGCAUACGGUCGACAACUACAACGCGCCCUUCCCGGCCGGCUGGAACGGCUCCGACUUUCUCGUGGACCCUUACACGUACAUGUAUCUCAACGCCAGCUUCCAGCGCAACCGCGACCCGCCCGUCAGCUACGCGGGUCAGCAUUCAGCCGACGUGCUGGCGGAGAAAGCCCUCGGUUUCCUCGACGACGCCGCCUCCAACUUCUUACGCCACGACGACCACCGCCCCUUCUUCCUCGGCAUCGCCCCGAUCGCGCCCCACACCAACGUAGAGCAAGAUACCUCAGGGGUUGUGAACUUCACCCCUCCCAUUCCCCUUCCCCGCCACGCGCACCUCUUCCCAGACAACACCACCACCAUCGUCCCGCGCACGCCCAACUUUAACCCGGCCCAGCACCGCUCCGGCGCGAGCUGGAUCCGCCACCUCCGGCAGCAAUCCGACGCCAACGUCGCCUUCAACGACCACUUCUACCGCCAGCGCCUGCGUACCUUACAAUCGGUCGACGAGCUGGUCGAUUCUGUCGUCACAAGACUCGCGCAGCACGGCCUGCUGGACGACACCUACCUCUUCUACACGAGCGACAACGGCUUCCACAUCGGCCAGCACCGGCUGCAGCCCGGCAAGGAGUGCGGGUUCGACGAGGACAUUCACGUCCCGCUCCUCGUGCGUGGGCCGGGGGUGCCGCGGGGCGGUGUGGCUGACGUGGUGACGGCGCAUGUGGAUUUGGCGCCGACUUUGCUCGGGAUUGCGACUCGGGACGGUGGUGAGAAGAGGGUGGAGUUUGAUGGUUUGGCGAUCCCGCUUACAGAGGCAGAGCUGGAGGAGGCGGGAGACGGAAGGAGGAGGCAUCAGGAGCAUGUCACGGUCGAGUUCUGGGGGACUGCUCUCAGCGAGGGGAGGUUGUUUGGCGAGCAUGACAAGCUGGUGCAUCCGAAUAACACCUACAAGGCGCUGAGGGUGAUUGGGAGGGAGUACAACCUGUACUACGCCGUGUGGUGUACCAACGAGCAUGAGUUGUAUGAUUUGAAGACGGACCCGUACCAGCUCAACAACCUCCUGCGCAGCUCCGCCACGCCACCGACCGCCUUCCUCGGGGUACCCUUUGAAAAAGUCAUUGCCCGGCUCGACGCCCUGCUCUUCGUACUCAAGUCGUGCAAGGGCAAGACCUGUGUCCGGCCGUGGCACGCCCUGCACCCCGCCGGCAAUGUCCAGAACCUGCACGACGCCCUCAACAGCCGCUUUGAUGUGUUUUACGAACAACAACAAAAAAAGGUCCGCUACGACCGCUGCGAGCUGGGCUACCUGCUAGACGCCGAGGGGCCGCAGUUUGAGACGGAGGGGCGCGUGUAUCGGCAGGGCGUGAGCUGGAGCGAGUGGGUAUAGUUAUUUAUGAUCGAAGGUGGAGAUAGACAUCCCGACGAGGGUUGGGGUUGCCUAUGAAAGGCGCUUAUCCGGUACAACAAAAAACCAUCAAAACCAGAAGCUUGGCUGGUGAGCUAGAAGAGAGCAAAAGUAUGACCGACCCAGGGAUCGAACCUGGCACCUUCUCGGUAGAAGAACUUCUUGUGUCCAACUGCUGUGAACGAGACGUGAUAACCACUACACCAGUCGGCCAAUUAUGUGCCUCGGACAAGCAUUCGCUUGAUUACGCCGUUACAACGCCUUAUAACGUAACGAUAGGGAGUGGCCUCGAGCGUCCUUCGUCGGAUCCGGAAGACACUUCAGUGUAUAUUCCAUUCCUCAAUCGCCAACUGGCCCUUUAACGGCAGCAGAAAUUCGGUCUUGUUUCAAGUCUGAUCCGCGUCUGAUCGAGAAGCCACGGCUCGGUGUGG